GUUAGUUACCCCACUCCUUUUAAUCCCUCAGCCCUUCACCAUUUGCUUCCCUCCCACAUUGAACUCAAUUCUCUCUUUCUCACACACACAGUGAUAGAGAUAGAAAGAGAGAAGCAUCAAAAUCAAUUCUUUCUUUACUCGCAAUAAACCCUAACACCCUUCCUUUUACUCCAUUCACGUCCCUCUCGUCUCUCUUUUCCUCUCCCUCAGUUAAAACAAUGAAAACCCAUUUAUAAAAACCAGGCCUUUCAAGCCAGAGCAGCAAAAUGCCACACUAAAGUUGUCAUCUUUGUUUAUAGAUCCAAGUUUUUGAGGCAAACAAACGCAACCCAUUUGAGAAAUGGGCGGUCUGAGAGAGUCUUGGUGCUUCUGCAAAGGAGUCAGCAAGUCUGAAAAGAUGAAGGCUGCCAUUUUCUCCGGUAAAGCUCCGGCAUUGGCUUGGAUUUCCGGCCAGGAGAGUGGGAUCUCCGGUACCGGGUUUUUGAUCCACCGGAGCCUUCUUCUGACAACCCACGUCAACCUUCCGUCGGCGGCGGCGGCGGAGAGCUCCGAGAUCCGGCUGCAGAAUGGCGUCGCUGCCAGCCUUGUUCCCCAUAGGUUUUUCAUUACCAGCUCCGUUUUAGAUCUUACUAUAGUAGGUUUGGAUGCGGCAGAUGGAGAUUCAAAUUCUCAGGGCCACCCCCACUCCUUGAAGACCUGCUCUAAACCGAACCUGGAUCUGGGGAGUGGAGUUUACCUUCUAGGCUACACUGGGACUAAGGAAUUAACAGUUGGUGAAGGUAAGGUAGUUAUAGCCACUGACAAUCUCAUAAAAUUGUCAACUGAUGGAGUAACAUGGAGUCCUGGUUCAGCUGGAUUUGACGUGCAAGGCAACCUUGCAUUUAUGAUAUGUGAUCCUAUGAAACUAGCAACCUCUCCAAACACCAAAUCCUCAUCAACUUCUUCGUCAUCCUCAUCAUCUUGGAAAAAGGAUCAUCCUAUGCAAUUUGGUAUCCCCAUUCCCAUCAUAUGUGAUUGGUUAAAUCAGCAUUGGGAAGGUAGCCUGGAUGAUCUUAACAAGCCUAAGCUACCACUCAUUCGCUUAAUGUCUACUGGCCAAAAGAGUGACCAUUCCUGUGCUUCCUUCACACUGCGGCGGGUUUUCAAAUCAACUGAAGCAGAUAAUGAUGGAACACCAUCUUCAUCAAAUACAGUCUCAAAACCUAGAGACCAGCUUGGACCAGGCUGUUCUGCUGCAGCAAACACCCUUGAAGGAGAGUCCCCAGCCGAUGCUCAUGCAGCCCAUGUACAGGGAAUUCCUACACCUGAAAUAUAUGAAACACCAAAGUUAACAUCUAAUCCUCUACGAAAAAGAGAAGGUUCCCAAGUUCAGCUUUUGGAUAUAAACUUCCCUCCUAGGAUUGCUAAACCAGCAAUUACACCUCAGCCUACCAAAAGAUUACCACGGGAUUUUGAUGAGAAUGCUGUAAAGGAACCUCUAUUGCAGAGCCCUAGAAGACAAGAAAACCAAGUCAGGGAUAGAGGAUCGACCAGCCCUGGUGCUGAUGCUGAGAUUGCAUCAACAGGUUCUAUAGAUGAGGCCCACAGUGAGGUUCAGUCUAGUUCAUACCCAGUCGAAGCUUCAGAUGUGCAUAAUGGGUAUAGUAGCGAGGGAGAGACUAUGUACUCUGCAGAAACAGCUGAGAGUAGGAAUUAUCCUAGUCCUCCUGAGGGAAAGUUUCAGCCAGUGGGAAGAAGCCAGAGCUGUGUAAAUUACAAUAGAUGGGGAGCUGUCCAAAGGAACCCAGUGGCUCGUAGGGCAUUGCUUGAACAGCAAAGGAGCUUUAUCCAUGGAAGGAAAAUGUAUUCGCAAGGGGCGACUUCUCAGAGGAGCAAUGACUACUACAGCCCUACAGUGUCAUCAAUCAUGAAGAAGCGCAACUCAGAGCAGCGUAUUACUCCUAUUGUCAAACCGCGGCAAGCUGCUGUUCAUUCCUCUCCAAGAUGGAACUUCUAAUUGAGUUUUAAUAGUGUGAUACUUGAAACUUGAAAGUGAUUAGCAAUGGAAAUAGUGUUUUUGCGGUGUAUAAGUUAAUGCCCAUUUAGCUUCCACUAUGGUAUAGUGUAACACAUUUGUUGCGUCUGUGCAGAGACAUAUAUCAGGUGAAUAAGAAAAUUCAGCUAAGUUGUAAUUUUUCUCU